AUGGAAGAGUCUAAAAUAAUAUUCCAAGAAGACAAGUUGUUGAGUGGGCAAGUGAAGUUGAAAGAAGAUGAGUAUCUGCCGAAAGAAUGUUUUAUCACAAACCUUAGAAUAGAGACCAAGAGAGUACUACGAGAAAAGAUAUUUUAUCAACUUUUUUUGGAGAAGAAAUAUAUCUUCAUCUUUUUGUUAUUAUACAUUAUUACAAUAAGUAAAAUUAGAUGACAAAAAACCUCAAUAUGGAUACAAUAAAAACAAAGUGAAUGGAGAGGAAUAAGAGAAGUUAAACAAUGUCCAAAACAAAGGAGGCGUAAGAAAGGCGCAGAUGUCGUCGAUAAGAUUCAUCGACGAGAUCUUCCCAAGAUUUGGAAUAUGUCUACUUGCAUUACCACCCACAUCAUAAAAAUAUAA